CUGGGCCGCCGGCUCCCGCGUGCCCGCACGUACGUAGCCUUCACGUGUGUGCUGCUCUCGAGUGCAUGUGUGGAUAUGUAAGAAUAUGCUGAAGCAAAUUCGGAGACAGGCGCCGAGGACAGGACGGAGGGAAGUUAAAGAAGUGAACAGGUCAUGGCACGUUUAACAAAAAGACGACAGGCGGAUACGAAAGCUAUCCAGCAUCUUUGGGCAGCCAUUGAGAUUAUACGGAACCAGAAGCAAAUUGCCAACAUUGACCGUAUUACAAAGUAUAUGUCUCGAGUCCACGGUAUGCAUCCAAAAGAGACCACCCGUCAGCUGAGCCUGGCUGUGAAAGAUGGUCUCAUUGUGGAAACCCUAACAGUGGGCUGCAAAGGCUCAAAGGCUGGUAUUGAGCAGGAAGGAUACUGGUUGCCAGGAGAUGAGAUUGCCUACAGUAUGCAGCCUUUCUCCAGGACAGCAGCCCCAAACAAGGACUGGGAAACAGAAAAUCAUGACUGGUAUUGUUUUGAAUGCCAUUUGCCUGGAGAGGUGUUGAUAUGUGACCUGUGUUUUCGUGUGUAUCAUUCCAAGUGUUUGUCUGAUGAGUACAGGCUUAGAGACAGCAGUAGUCACUGGCAGUGCCCAGUUUGCAGGAGCAUCAAGAAGAAACACACAAACAAACAGGAGAUGAGCACGUACUUGCGGUUCAUCGUGUCCCGCAUGAAGGAGAGGGCUAUAGACCUUAAUAAGAAGGGGAAGGACAACAAACACCCAAUGUAUCGGAGGCUGGUGCACUCAGCGGUGGACGUCCCCACCAUACAGGAGAAAGUGAACGAAGGGAAAUACCGCAGUUAUGAAGAGUUCAAAGCUGAUGCUCAGCUGCUUCUCCACAACACAGUGAUUUUCUACGGAGCAGACAGCGAGCAGGCUGACAUAGCACGGAUGCUGUAUAAAGACACCUGUCACGAGCUGGAUGAACUACAGCUUUGCAAGAAUUGCUUCUAUUUGUCAAAUGCUCGUCCUGACAAUUGGUUCUGCUACCCUUGUAUACCUAAUCAUGAACUGGUUUGGGCCAAAAUGAAAGGUUUUGGUUUCUGGCCAGCCAAGGUCCUACAGAAGGAGGACAACCAGGUUGACGUUCGCUUCUUCGGUCACCACCACCAGAGGGCCUGGAUUCCCUCUGAGAAUAUCCAGGACAUCACGGUCAACGUCCACCGGCUGCAUGUGAAGCGCAGCAUGGGCUGGAAGAAGGCCUGUGACGAGUUGGAGCUGCACCAGCGCUUCCUUCGCGAAGGAAGGUUCUGGAAGUCUAAGAAUGAGGACCGAGGAGAGGAGGAGGCAGAGUCCAGCAUCUCCUCCACCAGUAACGAGCAGCUAAAGGUCACUCAAGAACCAAGAGCAAAGAAAGGACGACGUAAUCAGAGUGUGGAACCCAAAAAGGAAGUAAGUGGCCCGCCUUGCAGUGUCCAGGUGGCACUGCAACAGGAAGUAUCUCCCAAGUUAUGGUCAAGACAGUUGGCUCCAACGUACGGCACUUGUGAAAAGGCACUGCCGUCAGAUAACAUCGACCAGGAACCAGAGCCUGAAACUGAAGCCGUGAGUUCCAGCCAGGAAAUCCCCACGAUGCCUCAGCCAAUCGAAAAGGUUUCUGUGUCCACUCAGACCAAGAAGUUAAGUGCCUCUUCACCAAGAAUGCUGCACCGAAGCACACAGACCACCGGUGAUGGAGUGUGUCAAAGCAUGUGCCACGACAAAUACACUAAGAUUUUCAAUGACUUUAAAGACCGAAUGAAGUCUGACCACAAGCGAGAAACGGAAAGAGUUGUACGAGAAGCUCUGGAAAAGCUCCGUUCCGAAAUGGAAGAGGAGAAACGACAAGCUGUAAAUAAAGCUGUAGCCAAUAUGCAGGGUGAGAUGGACAGGAAAUGUAAGCAAGUAAAGGAAAAGUGUAAAGAAGAAUUUGUAGAAGAAAUCAAGAAGCUAGCAACACAGCACAAACAACUGAUUUCUCAGACCAAGAAGAAGCAGUGGUGCUACAACUGUGAGGAGGAGGCCAUGUACCACUGCUGCUGGAACACGUCCUACUGCUCCAUCAAGUGCCAGCAGGAGCACUGGCACGCCGAGCACAAGCGCACCUGUCGCCGGAAAAGAUGAAGGCGGGUCUCGCGGAGCACCAGCGACGAGUACUCUUCUCAGACAAAGCGGUUUUUGUUUCCAAGAAGCCAAAAUUGUUUAGAAUUUGCUUCCCAUUUUGCACCAGCCUUUAAACACUUUUCGUGAAGAAAUUUUGCACAGUAGUUUAAAUCUUUUGUUAAUGCUCCUCCGGAGUUUUUCAGGGGGUAAAAGUAACAUCAGUGGAGGGUAUUAUUUUAAAUAAAUUUUAAUUGAGAAUUUGUUGCAUUUUCAGCAAAUUUUAAAACAUUUUUAGGUUUUACAGAGAUUUUAACCUUUAAACAACAGAUCUUUAAAAAAACAACAGGUGAAUACAAGUGAGUUUAACAAAGAAACAUUUAAAAUAGAUCUGAAUGUAAGAACUACAGAACUGUUUCAGAAAUAAAACAUACUACCUUGA